AUGAAGUCUCCUUUAGCCGCAGAUUAUCAUCUCAAGCUCAAAUUGGAUGAUUCCUAUGAAGUCUGUGGUCAUGUUCGUGGUUUGGUCUGCCUUCAUGAUCUCCGGAACGUAAAGGAAAAGCAAGAAACGGCUCAUGUAAUAUGUAACCCAAGCACAGGACAGUUGUUGCCUUUACCAAAAGUGAAGACGAACAAGAGCGCGAGGAGUUUUCUUGGGUUUGAUCCGACUGGUCAAGAAUUCAAGGUAUUGACCAUAACCGGUGGGGUUGAGCAUCGAGUUCUGACGUUAGGGACUCGAAAAAUCGAAUGGAGAAUGAUGGAAUGUUGCAUUCCAGAUCAUUAUCCUACUAGAUGUGGGAUAUGCAUCAAUGGUGGUGUGUAUUAUGAAGCUUGGGUCAAAAACUCGGCUCGUGCGAUAGUUUGCUUUGAUGUGAGGUUGGAGAAGUUUAGCGUUAUUAACCCAGCUGAGGGCAUGGAUCUACUUCUUGAUACUCUUGUAAACUACAAGGGAAAAUUAGGUCUUCUUGCUAAAGAAAGCAGACGUUUUGAGUUGUGGGUUCUAGAAGACGCAGAGACACAUGAAUGGUCGAAGAAUGUAUCUGUAUUGCCACUGCCUCUGUGGAAGAGUGUAGUAGCUGGAGAGGCCACGUUAUACACUGUUGGAGUGGCUGGUGGUACCAACGAAGUUGUCUUGUGGCGGCACUCUGGAUAUGAUCCGUUGUAUGUUUACUACUACAACAUGGAGAAGAGUUGA